AUGUCGAAAUUGGAGACCGGUGAAAUCAUCGGCAGCCAUGACAGCCAGAAAAAGCUCAACAAAUACGCCUGCGACACCGGGGUAAUGAGCGGCGCCAUGCUCUUCAUAAAAGAAGAGUUCACAAUCAAGGAAGGCCAAGUCGAAGUCCUCGCCGGAAUCCUCAACCUCUGCGCCCUCGCCGGCUCCCUCCUCGCCGGCCGCACCUCCGACCACAUCGGCCGCCGCUACACCAUUUCCCUCGCCGCCGCCAUCUUCAUGCUCGGCUCAAUCCUCAUGGGCUAUUCCCCUUCCUAUUCCGUCCUCCUCGCCGGCCGCUGCACCGCUGGCCUCGGCGUCGGCUUCGCCCUGAUGAUCGCUCCCGUCUACGCCGCCGAGAUCUCCUCCGCCCACACCCGCGGCUUCCUCUCCUCCCUUCCCGAAAUCGGUAUCAGCAUCGGCAUCUUGUUAGGCUACAUUUCGAACAACUUAUUCGCAAACUUAUCUCUGCGCCUCGGCUGGCGACUCAUGCUCGGAAUCGCCGCAGUACCUUCCCUACUCCUCGGAAUCGGAAUUCUCAAAAUGCCGGAGUCUCCGCGCUGGCUGAUCGCGCGAGGCCGCGUACGCGAAGCGAAGGAGAUUUUGUAUAAAGUUUGUGACGAAACAGACGAGGCAGAGCGUCGACUGCGCGAGAUCAAAAAGGCGGCGGGGAUCGACGAAAAUUGCAACGACGAUUUCGUGAGAAUCGACGUGAAAAGGGGCGCCGGCGAGGGCGAAACCGGAAUUUGGCGCGAUUUGUUGUUUAAACCGAGUCCGACGGUUAGGCGGAUGCUAGUUGCCGGCGUGGGAGUUCAUUUUUUCGAGCACGCGACGGGGACGGAGGCGGUUAUACUCUACGGACCGAAGAUCUUUCGGAAGGCGGGCGUGACGGCGCGGAGGAAGCUACUAUUGGCGACGGUGGGAGUCGGGUUGACGAAAUUGACCUUUAUCACGAUCUCGACUUUUAUUAUCGAUAAAGUUGGGCGGAGGAAGUUGUUGUUGGUGAGCAUAGCGGGGAUGGCGGUGGCGCUGACGGGGCUCGGGACGUGCUUGACGGUGGUGGAGAGGGCGGAGGAGGCGAGGCUCGUGUGGGCGCUUGUGAUGAGCUUGAUAUUCGUGUACAUGUUUUUGGCAUUUUUUAAUAUAGGGCUUUGUCCGGUGUGUUGGGUGUACAGUUCGGAGAUUUUCCCGACGAGGCUGAGGGCGGCGGGGGCGAGCGUGAGUGUGGGGGUGAACAGGGUGAUGAACGCGACUGUGUCGAUGACGUUUUUGUCCCUGUCUUCGGCGAUUACGAUUGGUGGGGCGUUCUACUUGUUUGCCAGCGUGGCGGGGGUGGCGUGGGUGUUUGUGUACUUUUGCUUGCCGGAGACUAAGGGCAAGAGCCUUGAGGAGAUGGAGGAGGUUUUCAGCAAGGGAAUGUGUAGUAGUAAUAAGGCUAAUAAGCAAGUGGAGCUUGUCAAUACUUGA